AUGAGCGUCGUCGGCGAUACUCCAUACGACUACAUCGUCAUUGGCGGCGGGAGCGGCGGCAUGGCCUCCGCCCGUCGAGCGGCCACCUACGGCGCCAAAGUUUUGGUCAUCGAGCGCGGCCGCCACUACGACGGCAUGGGCCUCGGCGGCACGUGCGUGAACUUUGGCUGCGUCCCCAAGAAGAUCAUGUUCAACACGGCCGCGCACGUCGAGCACCUGAAUCGCGCCCAGGAUUACAGCAUCCGCACGGCGGAAUUCGCGUUUGGCGAUUUUGAUUGGUCGAAAAUGAAAACCAAACGCGACGCUUACAUUGACCGGUUAACCGGUAUUUACCAGCGGAACCUCGGUAAUGCUCGAGUGGACCACGUCGAAGGGAUCGCCAAGUUUGUAGCCGCGGACAAGGUCCAAGUCGCUGACCGCGUGUUCACGGGCAAGCACGUGUUAGUCGCUCCUGGCGGCGUCCCGUGGAAGCCGGAUCUCCCUGGGAUCAACCACGUGAUUGACAGCGAUGACUUCUUCCGGCUGGAGCAACAGCCGCGGAAAGUCGCGGUGGUCGGGGCUGGCUACAUUGCAGUGGAGAUGGCGGGCAUUUUUCAUGCUUUGAAGAGCGACACGACGCUCUUUUGUCGCCACGACCAGGUGCUGCGUCGGUUUGAACCCAUUGUGCGGGAUUUGGUGAAUGAAGAGAUGGAGAAAGCAGGGGUCACGUUCGUGCGCAACAUGAGCGCGGUUGGAGUCGAGAAACAACCGGACGGCAAGCUGACGCUGGUCGUGAAUGUUCAUCACGAGGAACAAAAGUUCACGGACUUUGACACGAUUCUGUUCGCUGUUGGCCGCAAGCCACGCACGGAGGAUCUUGGUCUGGAAGAUAUUGGGGUCAAGCUUGCCGAAGGUGGAUUUAUUCAAGUGGAUGCCCAGGAGAACACGUCCGUGCCAGGUGUGUACGCUAUCGGCGACGCCACCGUGACGGGCUGGGAACUCACGCCAGUGGCUAUUGCUGCGGGCCGUCGACUGGCCGACCGACUGUUUGGUGGCGAGAAGGACGCGUGCCUUAACUACCACCAGAUCCCGUCGGUGAUCUUUAGCCACCCGCCUAUUGGCACGAUCGGAUACACUGAGCCGGAGGCCGUUGCUAAGUACGGCGAGGAGAAUGUCAAGGUGUACACGAGCAAGUUUGUGAACCUGCUGCACGCGAUGGCGGAUCCGGAGCAUAAGGGCAAGACGGCGAUGAAGCUUGUGACCGUGGGCGAGCAAGAGACUGUUGUUGGUGUACACGUGGUGGGUGAGGGCGCGGAUGAGAUGAUUCAGGGCUUCGGUGUGGCGGUCAAGAUGAACGCUACCAAAGCGGACUUCGACAACAUUGUGGCGAUUCACCCGACGGCUUCCGAGGAGCUCGUUACUAUGGCACCGUGGGGCAUGAUCAAGGACAAGAUCGCGCUACCACCGAAACCGGCGCGCUCCGGACCGACGGUCGGACAGUAG